GCCAGGUGAGUAGGUCCGGUGCCCCUGGGCCCUCGGAAUCCCCUCUCCUGCAGGCUCGGGGUGGGAGGGGGAGAGGAGGGACGGGCGCGGAUCCGAGUCCCAGGGCCAGGCCUCCCUUGUGAGUAGACUGUGCAAAGAAAAAGUGGGCCACCAUAUCUGGAAACUACAGUCUAUGCUUUGAAGCGCAAAAGGGAAUAAACAUUUAAAGACUCCCCCGGGGACCUGGAGGAUGGACUUUUCCAUGGUUGCCGGAGCAGCAGCUUACAAUGAAAAAUCAGAGACUGGCGCUCUUGGAGAAAACUAUAGUUGGCAAAUUCCCAUUAACCACAAUGACUUCAAAAUUUUAAAAAAUAAUGAGCGUCUGCUGUGUGAAGUCCUCCAGAAUAAGUUUGGCUGUAUUUCUACCCUGGUCUCUCCAGUUCGGGAAGGCAACAGCAAAUCUCUGCAAGUGUUCAGAAAAAUGCUGACUCCUAGGAUAGAGUUAUCAGUCUGGAAAGAUGACCUCACCACACAUGUUGUUGAUGCUGUGGUGAAUGCAGCCAAUGAAGAUCUUCUACAUGGGGGAGGCCUGGCCCUGGCCCUGGUGAAAGCUGGUGGAUUUGAAAUCCAAGAAGAGAGCAAACAGUUGGUUGCCAGAUAUGGUAAAAUACCAGCUGGUGAGAUAGUUGUCACAGGAGCAGGGAAGCUUCCCUGCAAACAGAUCAUCCAUGCUGUUGGGCCUCGGUGGAUGGAGUGGGAUAUACAGGGAUGUAUUGGGAAACUGCAGAGGGCCAUUGUAAGGAUUCUGGAUUAUGUCAUCUGUGAAAAUACUCACAUUAAGACAGUAGCAAUUCCAGCCUUGAGCUCUGGGAUUUUUCAGUUCCCUCUGAAUUUGUGUACAAAGACUAUUGUACAGACUAUCUUGGUUAAUUUGCAAGGGAAGCCAAUGAUGAGUAAUUUGAAAGAAAUUCACCUGGUGAGCAAUGAGGACCCUACUGUUGCUGCCUUUAAAGCUGCUUCAGAAUUCAGCCUAGGAAAGAGUGAGCUGGGACAAGAAACAACCCCUUCUUUCAAUGCAAUGGUCGUGAACAACCUGACCCUCCAGAUUGUCCAGGGCCACAUUGAAUGGCAGAUGGCAGAUGUAAUUGUUAAUUCUGUAAACCCACAUGAUAUUACAAUUGGACCUGUGGCAAAGUCAAUUCUACAACAAGCAGGAGUUGAAAUGAAAUCGGAAUUUCUUGCCACAAAGGCUAAACAGUUUCAACGGUCCCAGUUGGUACUGGUCACAAAAGGAUUUAACUUGUCCUGUAAAUAUAUAUACCAUGUACUGUGGCAUUCAGAAUUUCCUAGACCUCAGACAUUAAAACAUGCAAUGAAGGAGUGUUUGGAAAAAUGCAUUGAGCAAAAUAUAACUUCCAUUUCCUUUCCUGCCCUUGGGACUGGAAACAUGGAAAUAAAGAAGGAAACAGCAGCAGAGAUUUUGUUUGAUGAAGUUUUAACAUUUGCCAAAGACCAUGUAAAACACCAGUUAACUGUAAAGUUUGUGAUCUUUCCAACAGAUUUGGAGAUAUAUAAGGCUUUCAGUGUUGAAAUGGCAAAGAGGUCCAAGAUGCUGGGUUUGAACAAUUACAGUGUCCCGCAGUCAACCAGAGAGGAGAAAAGAGAAAAUGGGCUUGAAGCUAGAUCUCCUGCCAUCAAUCUGAUGGGAUGCAACAUGGAAGUGAUGUGUGAGGCCCGCGCAUGGAUCCAAAGAAUGCUGAGUCUCCAGAACCACCACAUCAUUGAGAAUAAUCAUAUUCUGUACCUUGGGAGAAAGGAACAUGACAUUUUGUCUCAGCUUCAGAAAACUUCAAGUGUCUCCAUCACAGAAAUGAUCAGCCCAGGAAGGACAGAGUUAGAGAUUGAAGGAGCCCAGGCUGACCUCAUUGAGGUGGUUAUGAACAUUGAAGAUAUGCUUUGUAAAGUACAGGAGGAAAUGGCAAGGAAAAAGGAGCGAGGCCUUUGGCGCUUGUUAGGACAGUGGACUAAUCAGCAACAAAAAACCCAAGACGAAAUGAAAGAAAAUAUCAUAUUUCUGAAAUGUCCUGUGCCUCCCACUCAAGAGCUUCUAGAUCAAAAGAAACAGUUUGAAAAAUGUGGUUUGCAGGUUCUAAAGGUGGAGAAAAUAGACAAUGAGGUCCUUAUGGCUGCCUUUCAAAGAAAGAAGAAAAUGAUGGAAGAAAAACUGCACAGGCAACCUGUGAGCCAUAGGCUGUUUCAGCAAGUCCCAUACCAGUUCUGCGAUGUGGUAUGCAGAGUUGGCUUUCAAAGAAUGUACUCGGUACCUUGCGUGCUACAAACCCCUAUUCUUCAAGACAUAGUACAAAUGGCAUCUCCUGGUUGGCAUCUUUCCUGCAGGCCUGCAGGCCUAAUCUAAAAUACGGAGCUGGCAUAUACUUCACCAAGAACCUCAAAAACCUGGCAGAGAAGGCCAAGAAAAUCUCUUCUGCAGAUAAGCUGAUCUAUGUGUUUGAGGCUGAAGUACUCACAGGCUCCUUCUGCAAGGGACAUCCGUUAAAUAUUGUUCCCCCACCACUGAGUCCUGGAGCUAUAGAUGGUCAUGACAGUGUGGUUGACAAUGUCUCCAGCCCUGAAACCUUUGUUAUUUUUAGUGGCAUGCAGGCUAUACCUCAGUAUUUGUGGACAUGCACCCAGGAAUAUGUACAGUCACAAGAUUACUCAUCAGGACCAAUGAGACCCUUUGCACAGCAUCCUUGGAGGGGGUUCACAAGUGGCAGCCCCGUUGAUUAAUCUCUACAUCAUUUUAACAGCUAGUAUGGCCUUACCUUGGGUGAACUAACCAAAUAAUGACCAUCGAUGGCUCAAAGAGUGGCUUGAAUAUAUCCCAUGGGUUAUCUGUAUGGACUGACUGGGUUAUUGAAAGGACUAGCCCCAUACUAGCAUCUUAGUGCCUUUAUCUGUCUUUAUGUCUUGGGGUUGGGGUACGUAGAUACCAAAUGAAACACUUUCAGGACCUUCCUUCCUCUUGCAGUUGUUCUUUAAUCUCCUUUACUAGAGGAGAUAAAUAUUUUGCAUAUAAUGAAGAAAUUUUUCUAGUAUAUAACCCAGGUCUUUUAUUUUCUAAAAUGAUGAUAGUAUAAAAAUAUUAGGAUAACAGAAUGAUUUUAGAUUUUCCAGAGAAUAUUAUAAAGUGCUUUAGAUAUGAAAAUAAAUCAUCUUUGUCUGAUUAA